AUGGCUAAAAUCUACAAAGAUACCCGAGUCGACCUCCGGCCGUACUCGCCGAACACCGUCGUCAACAUCCCGAUCUCGACCCAAGAAAGUACGCAAAGCCGCGCGCGAUUCUCGGUCAUCUCGAGCCCCAACCGUGACGAGCCGGUCGCGAAGGACGAAGACGAGUUUUCCAAACGAUACCUAGCGAGCCAGGGUUCGAUCUAUUUCCGCAAACGCAAUGUCUACCCCCGAACCUUUCUGUGGAGGGUUGUCGAUAACAGCAAGAUCUUGGAGAUCCAGUGCGUGGAUCUGACCAAGGCUGGUAUCGAGCACCACGAAUACAAUGUAACACUGCGCUUGGAAUUUGAGGAAGGAAUUGUCCCUUCAGGUGUUGAUUUUGCCGAUUUGGAGGAGCACGAAGCGUUGAGCGUGUUCGUGAUCACCACCUCCAAGACCCUCCACACCUUGACACUACGCCCCGAGUUCUUCCGCAGGACUGCAUCAAUUGACAACAACAUCUCCGACUGGUGCAAGACUUUCAAUCCCGCACCUCUCACAUUCUCUUAUCCACACCGUCUACAUGCGAGCAGCCCGCUGGAGCUGUUCGUGUCUCUUGACAAUGGCGCACUCUUGCGCUUGACCAGGAAGUCUGGUGACGAUGGCUCACACUGGUCUCCCCUGACCUUCGACGAGAGAACUUGGGGCUCGUCGAUUCGCGGGCUGGUCAAAUGGCAUGCGCAGCCGUCAAUUAAAUACCAAGGACGCACCCUCGAAUUGAGCGCGCCAAACGCUAUCGCCACUACAACUGAUCAGACCUAUGUCUUCGCUGUCUGCUUGAACCACACGCUCAAGAUCUGGAACCUUGCUACCAACAAGUUGGCCGCUACGAAGGACCUACUGGACCGUGAUGUGCAACCGUCGGAGGAAUCUUUGUACUCGCUGAAUCCAUCCGAAACUUCCUUCAUCAGGGUCUUUAACAUGGAGCGUGCGCUUGACGGUGCGUACCGUUAUUAUGUUGUCACAUAUUCGCCGUUCGAAGACGGGCUCUUCAAGUUCUGGGCUGUCAAGGGAGGCCUGACGUCGCCGCUUGUUAUCGAGGAUCUGUACCCGGGUGCUGCACUGAAGCCUCUGGAUCCCGACUCGACCGGGAGCAUGUUCUGGAGUAUCGCCGACUUCCAGAUCAAGCCUGCUGAGGAAGGAAAGCGCAUGGAGCUGUGGGUUCUGUGGAGAAACAGCAGCCUGUACCAGCUGUUUACGCUGCAUUUCAACUUCGAAACCCUGGUGACGGAUUGGAAGUCCAACUGGGCGUCUACAGUUAUGGACACCCGCGGUCAGGCAUAUCCCCCCGUUAUGGCCUUGUCUGACGUGGUGGAUCCGACGGAGAAGUGGCUCGAAUUCCUCCUGCAGCCCAACAAAUACUCGACGGAGGUCCUUGAGACUGCCCUCUCUAUCUACCAGGAGGCACUCAGACCUCUGUCGUCGCCCAGCACGCUGAAGAGAAGCGCCCCUCUGGCAGAAAGGCUCUGCUCUACCGUUGCUGCCACUGUCUCUCUUCGCAAGUACGCCGAUGAUGGGAUGGACUUCACACGGUACCGAACCGAUACAGACUCGAAGUGGCGCCAAUUCUGGCAGAUUGCGGAUGAUGUCAACAAGAGAAGGUUUGAGCCAGUCUCUCUUGCAUAUGAUACCUACUAUGAGACACCGUGGAUGGUCCUUUCCGACAGCUGUGCCGUGAUUCGUGAAUGCAGCGCAACCGAGCUCAUUCUACAUAACUCCGGCCCAGAGCUUCGCGCGGAAGCACCCAAAAUCGUUGAUCGCUGGAGGCACCGGAACCUGGAUUCAGAGAUCGGCAGCCUCUUUGAGGAUGCCUCUCACCUUCUGAACGUUGCCUCCAGCUUCCGGAGGAGCUUCGCUCCCGAACUCGAAGUAGCAUGCCAGGGCGCCCUUGAAGCAGAGCUGUUCACUGAACCCUCCAUCUCUGUGCAGGAUAGAAUGGAGGCGUUCCGCGAGCGAUGUGAUUUCGGAGAGCAAAUCUCCAACAAGACAUACGAUGGUCUGGUUGGUGCCGUUAAUGAGCGUCUGAACAUCUUCAGCUUGCCAAAUGAAGUGUUCUACACCCUUGUGGACACGAUUCCGCUGGGUUUCCCUGGCAAGGACUCUGAUCUCGUCAACACUCAUUUCGGUGUCAAGGUCAUCGUCAACGGUGUCCAGGAGACGAUCUCCUUUACGCGAAAGACUCUGACAGACCUCUUGUACAUGAUCCUUUUCAUCGAUGGUGAAGUUCAGCAGGAGGAAGACUCGACGUUCGACGCCGCAGACUUGUUUGUCACUAUCAUAACCCUCCUGAGGGAAUAUGAGAUGAUGUCUUGGUUGAGCUCGAAUUCCCGCAAGUGCUCCGACAGACCGGCGAAGGCCACUGAUGACAUGUCCGUCACCUCGUUCUUUGUCAAGGAAGCGCCAGCACAUAAGGAUGGUGAGAGGAUAGCGACUAUCCUUGAGGAUCUGUUCGCCAGCGAUAUCAAGCCACGUCAAGCCGUCGGCCUGCCCCAGAGCUACACGAUAUCUCUUGGUAUUCGGGAUAUUCUCUCCUGGGUGACUCGUCAAGGCGAAGUCGCCUACCCCAAUGCUCUUGUCUACAUACAAUGUGACCUCAUCGCUAAGAACAAUAUCGACCUUGCAUGGGACUUCCUCCGCUUCCAAGCAAGCACAUCCUGGGCGACCUAUGUCAAGGGUAGGCUGUAUGUUGCCAUGUCCGAAUACGAUACUGCGGCUUUGUAUUUCCGCAAAGCUGCCUAUCUUCUUUCAUGCGGAAAACCCCUGGGUAACCUGCACGAGAUGUCCUCGACCCUCCUCGACAUCGUCUCCGUGGACUGCUUCCACAACGGUCUUCCCAAGUACUUCCAACACAUCUUGACAAUAUUCGAACAUGCGCGCUCGUUCUCCCACGUCGCCGACUUCGCCAGCCUCGCGCUACAGGCCCUUUCCAGUGAGCACGGAAGCGAGCAAGACCCCGAAUUCGCUAGCCUACGGGCCGAUCUCCUCUCACGUCUGUUCUAUGCUUCUCUACAGAACUGCCAAUUCGACCAGGCAUACUCGGCGCUGGCCAGAUACAGGGAUCGCGCACUGCAGAAGUCCGCCCUGAGCUCUCUCAUCACCGGCAUCCUGGCCGCCUCAGGACCCGGCACCGCAGGACUACAGAAGAUCCUCCACUUCCCGACCACGCUCAUCCCUAACAUCGCCUCCCACGUAGACGACAUCCUGGCCUCGCUUGCCCGCAAACAGACUUCCUUCAGCUCCUACCUUGACGCAGAGAGCAAAUGGGCCGACAGCACCCCCGACUACCAGCGAAUCCUACAAGCAUACCGCAUCGCACGGGGCGACUACCGCGGCGCAGCAGAGAUCGCCUACCGCAACGUCCAGCGUCUCCGCCACGCCCGAGACCACUCAACCCAUCUGGUCCUCACCCGGGCGCGAGACACCGCCGAGGACAACCGUCCCAUCGAGGAAGACGACCCGGAGAGCAAGGAAAUCCGCCACGAGCUCCUCUCCCUCAUCAACCUCCUCGCCUGCGUCGACAAGAGCGAAUCCUACAUCCUCGUGGACAGAGACGGACCCUCCUCCUCCACCUUCAACCCCCUCACCGACCGCCGUCGCAGCAGCCUCGCCCCCGCCGACGACGACGGAAACGUCUUCAUGGAAGACGCCGAAGCCACCACCAGUACUACUGGCGGCCCGGCCUCUCCCACCACCCCCUACAACUCCUCAUCCCACCCCAACCAACACCGUCGCCUCAGCGCCAGCCCAACCGCCAUCCGUCCCUCCAGCCGUCGCGACAGCAAAUCCUCCAUCACAUCCGCCACCAUCACAAUCCCUCAACGUCGCGUCAUCGUAACGCUGGACCAUCUGCGUCGCGAGUUCCAGACCGAGCUGGAUCGCGUCAGCCGUAUCGAGCGUGGCGAUUGGGAAUUUGGAAUUCUCGAUGACGGUGAUCCUGUUGGCGGUGGCCAGGAUCAUGAUGAUACGAUGCUUCUCGCGUAG